AUGCCCCCCAAAGCCUCACAAGAAGUGUCCACGUGUCAGACUCGUCCAUCAAAUGCAAAUGCUCAUCCUGGUAGGCCUGUUCUGGAGGCUGAAGCUGAGGAGCAGCUCCAGAAUGCAAAGGGAAAACCUCGUACCAAGACUUCAAAAGUUGCUAAUACCCCAUAUGCAAAUGAAAGCCCUGAAGAGAGGAAUGCCCGUAUUCAAAAGGUUGCUGAACGAAUUGCAGGAAUUGAAGACGGCAUGGAGACUCUUGAAGCCAAAAUGCAUGAAAGCAAGCCAAAACCUAUUCAGCCCCAUCCUUGUCCUACAGGCAAAGGCAACAAAGUGUCUAUGAAGGACACCGCAAGUGAGGACACGCUUCUCAGAGACAGUGAGAUUGAUGAGGCUGAUAGAAAAAGUGGCAAGGAAAAGAAGCAGGAAAAGACGAUGUUACUGAAGGAAGCCAUCAGAAAUGCCCGUUCCGGAUUGAAGGCUGCUUUGGAUGCAUGUGCCAUCAGUAACAAUAAAGACAACAAUGUGGCAUUAUUGACGACUGAAAAAUCGUCACUCAACAGUUUUAUCGAUGGCUGGGUCAACAAUGUCCCACCACAAGCUGACCCAAAGUCCAAUACAACCAGUCUCAAAUUGAACACCUAUUCUGCAUCUCAAGCUGCUUCCACUCCGCCCUCAUCAGUGUUGUCCACCACUAGUACUAACACUAGUUCUAAGACCAAAUCUGCGGCCAUUGAUAAGAAGCAGCCAACCAAACUCAACAUAUUCUCUGAAUCUACCGAUGAUGUCCUGAUGGUUAGCAAUGAUAGCCUUGAUGGCUCUGAUGUUUUGGAACGGCAUCCAGUUGCACUUCAGAAGAAAGGGAGAUGGGCAGUUAGAAAGUCUACUGUAAUCAUUCCUGCUAGUGAGAGUGACUCUGAGCCGGAGCAGAUAACUUAUUUUGCAGAGUCUGGUGGUGUCAAGCAUAAGGCUUUGGAUGAUGUUGCAGAUUUUGUUGACGAGACUGCAUCCGAGGCCACGGAUGAUUCUGACAUUUUGAUUGAUGAUUCGCAGGAAAUGACAGGCCUCUUGUCCGAGGCCAUCAUUGACUCGGAGAAGAAGGAAUAUGCCCCUCGCAAGACUACAUCAAGUGCUACCCCUCCCCCAUCAAAAAAGUUGAAGAAAGAGCGCUCCAGAGCCUCCAAGGUUACUGACAAUGAUGAUCUCAUGCCUCCACCCUCCACUCAGGUCCCAGCAGGCUAUUAUGACGAUGUUGUGCCUCCACCCUCCACUCAGGUCCUGGCAGGCUAUUAUGAUGAUGUUGUGCCUCCCCCAGCGCCCAAGUCCCAUCAAAUGCCGGGAAGACUGCUGCACAGGAGGUCAUCAAGCCCUGUGGUCAAUAUCGCAACAACGAUCUUUCCGUUGUCGUGCACUGCCUAUCCGCUAUACUUGUGGGACAACGGCGGCCGAAGGCGUGGGAAAGAUGCGGCUGCAAAGCGGCCGAUGCGCGAGGGUUUCGGAUGCCAAGGCCAAAAAGUGACCUUCCAUAACCCCCAAUAUCAUCUUCCCAUUGAAGUUCUCGAGGCGUCUAAACUACCGAUUGAUCAUCCAGACUUUGAAAUGGCUGAGGCAUGUCCACCCUGCCAGCUCUUUACCAACAAACUCAAGCGCAAGUCUCGCAACUUCAAUGAAGAUGUUCCUCCGACCGACUCGCUUGGUGCCAAAUGUGCAAAGAUUGAUGCCGGCGCAUCUGAGGGUGAGAAAAGUACUACGGACACUGGCUCCCACAAGAACAUAGCCUUCCAUGCUCGAGAGGUGCGCGAAUGCAGGGAGAGAGACAGCAAGCAAUGCCUGGCUUCGAAGGAUGGCCUGCACGCUGGGGCAUUUGUUGUGGAGAGGGACGUUGUUUGGCAGGCAAUGGGCCCUGUGUGUCAUUCAUACAGCCUUCCUUAA